AGCAGCCAUCUCCUCAUUUUCUCUGUUGUAUCACAAUCAUCUUCCAUGGGAGAGGUUGACGUAGCCUUCAUCCAAGAACCUCACCACAGACCCAACCCUUCACUCAUACAAGAGGCCCAAGGCUUCCCUCUCAUCGACCUCUCGUCCCCCGACGUUGACGCCCUCGUUUACGACAUCGGCCAUGCCUGCAAGCAGUGGGGCUUCUUCCAGAUCAUCAACCAUGGCGUUCCGCCGGAGCACCGUCAGAAGCUGGAGGAGACGGCGCGCAAGUUCUUCCAUCUUAGCCUCGACGAGAAGAGGAAGGUCAGAAGAGGCAUCGGGAAUGUGUUCGGGUAUUACGACACAGAGCACACCAAGAACGUCAGGGAUUGGAAAGAGGUGUUUGAUUACGCCGUCAAAGAAACCACUCUAGCCGCCGCCUCCGUCGACGACGACGACGACGAAGUGGCUAUCUGGGAGAAUCAGUGGCCUCAAAACCCUUCGGAAAUGAGGGAGGUGUGCCAGGCGUAUGCGAAGGACAUGGUGGAACUGGCCAUGAGAUUGUUGGAGCUAAUUGCGAUGAGCUUGGGGCUACCGCCGAGAAGGUUUGAAGAGUUUUUCAAGGACCAAACCAGCAACGUCAGACUAAAUCGCUACCCACGUUGUCCGUCGCCUCACCUCGCCCUCGGCGUGGGCCGUCACAAAGAUGCUGGAGUUUUGACCAUCCUCGCUCAGGAUGACGUAGGUGGGCUUGAGGUGAAGCGAAAAUCCGAUGGUCAAUGGGUCGGAGUCAAGCCCAUACCCAAUGCUUACAUCAUCAAUGUUGGUGAUGUUAUCCAGGUAUGGACGAACGGAGAAUAUGAGAGUGUGGAGCACAGAGUGAUAGCGAACUCGGAGAAGGAAAGGUUUUCGAUACCAUUCUUUCUGAAUCCGUCGCACUACACAGUGGUGGAGCCUCUGGAGGAGAUUACCGACGAGCAAAACCAGCCCAGGUACAGGCCUUACAACUGGGGCAAGUUUCAACUCACCAGGAAGCGUAGUAACUUCAUGAAGCUCGACUGUGAAAAUAUCCAGAUCCACCAUUUCAAGAUUUAUUAAUUAGUCCCUUCUUCGUGUUUAGGGAGUUUUUCUGAGCGUUAACGGACAAGUAUGGAACCUCGCCGAGUCAGAGGUGUUGACGAUGACAAAUGCAUUCCUUUCUUAUGUAAAAUGAAUAUAUUUAACUGAAGAGCUCUUACAUAUGUGGGAGGAAAUAAUAUUAAUGCCCUAAUUGCGUUUA